GCAUGUGCCAGACAGACUAAAGGGCUCCAAGGGUGCAGCGCAAGCGCGCCAUCCCUACACUUAACUGCAUUUCAAUUUCAUUUCACUUUCAUUCAACCCGCGAACGCAUCACAUACUGCAUGGCAACCAAUUUGACAGUUCUUUUAUAAACAUGAGACUUUGGGAUUAACUUAUUUUUGUACGAGUCGUUCAAAAGUGCAAUAUAUCUAAAAAAAAAAGUGAUAAUGCAAACAACGACGCUGGUAUUUAAAACGGAAUUUUCCGACGUUAAGGAGUUUCGUGUUCCUAACACGACACCCCUUGUAACAUCAACCUCGUUAUCACCUGGUGCUUCGACGACCAUGCGACCGCCCCCACCACCACCACCCCCAAAGCCAAAGACCGAAAUCAAGGUCGAAAGAGUACACGAAGAACCGUCCAGCUCCAUCCCAGAUCUUGAAUUUGACGGAACGACGGUGCUAUGCCGGGUCUGCGGCGAUAAGGCGUCCGGAUUUCAUUAUGGUGUUCAUUCCUGCGAAGGCUGCAAGGGUUUCUUCAGGCGCAGCAUUCAACAGAAAAUUCAAUACAGACCCUGCACCAAAAAUCAACAAUGCUCAAUUCUUCGCAUUAAUCGGAAUCGAUGCCAGUACUGCAGACUGAAAAAGUGCAUUGCAGUGGGAAUGAGUCGAGAUGCUGUGAGGUUCGGACGAGUACCAAAAAGAGAAAAGGCGCGGAUCUUAGCGGCCAUGCAGCAGAGUUCAAAUUCGCGCUCGCUGGAGAAAGCCGUAGCCGCCGAACUGGAAGACGAGCAAAGGCUUUUAUCGACAGUUGUGCGGGCACAUCUCGAUACUUGCGAUUUCACAAGGGACAAGGUGGAGCCGAUGUUGGCUCGUGCUCGAGAGCAUCCCUCGUACACUGCGUGCCCUCCAACUUUGGCGUGCCCAUUAAAUCCAAACCCUCAACCGCUAACCGGCCAACAAGAACUUUUGCAAGAUUUUUCGAAACGCUUUUCUCCCGCCAUUCGGGGGGUUGUCGAAUUCGCCAAGCGUAUCCCAGGAUUCUCCCUCCUCAGUCAAGACGAUCAGGUUACUCUUCUGAAAGCGGGAGUUUUCGAAGUUCUUCUCGUACGUCUCGCGUGCAUGUUUGACUCGCAAACGUCGAGUAUGAUUUGCUUAAAUGGACAAGUGUUAAAACGGGAAUCGAUACACAAUAGUUCUAACGCGAGGUUCCUUAUGGACUCUAUGUUUGAUUUCGCGGAUCGCAUGAAUUCGCUACGUUUGUCUGAUGCCGAAAUCGGUUUGUUUUGUUCGGUAGUGGUAAUCGCGGCCGAUCGUCCCGGUCUACGUAACACUGAACUGAUCGAAAAAAUGCAUAAUAAGUUAAAGGCGGCGUUGCAAAUAUUAGUUAAACAAAACCAUCCCGGUCAGUCGGAUGUUCUACACGAAUUGAUGAAGAAAGUACCAGAUCUCCGCACCCUAAAUACGCUGCAUUCGGAAAAAUUGUUGGCGUUUAAAAUGACCGAACAACAACAACUGAUGCAGCAGCAACAGCAAAUGUGGACAUCGGAAGAAGAAAGUAACAGCAAAAGUCCGGCCGCAUCGUCGUGGUCAUCGUCUUCUGACGUUGCCAUGGAAGAUGCCAAAAGUCCGUUGGGGUCCGUUUCCAGUACGGAAUCGAUGUGCUCGGGAGAGGUCGCAUCAAUGAACGACUAUCACCAUCCCGCGCCCCCGCACCACGUGAGUCCCAAUGCUUCGAGCGCCCCCCUUUUGGCCGCAACGUUAGCGGGAGGCUUGUGCCCACAGAGGCAUAGGGCAAAUUCUGGUUCGACUUCUUCCGGAGACGACGAAUUAACUGCAACUUCACAUUUGAUACAUAAUGGACUAACGAUUACGCCAGUCUCUAGGCCGCAACCUCGCUUUAGGAAAUUGGAUUCGCCUAGCGAUUCGGGCAUCGAAUCUGGCACGGAAAAGGUGGACAAAGCGAGCGCGCCCACGUCCGUGUGUUCGAGUCCUCGGUCGUCCAUAGAAGAUCAUCACAUUGUCGACGACAUGCCCGUUCUCAAACGAGUGCUACAAGCACCACCCUUAUAUGACACAAACUCGUUAAUGGACGAAGCGUAUAAACCCCAUAAGAAGUUCAGGGCGUUACGGAAUAAAGAUUCCGCGGAAGCGGAACCCGUAACGACUGUAUCGCCUCAACCCCAACACAAUCAAAUACAUUCUUCUUUAUCCAGUACGCAUUCUACUCUCGCAAAAUCGUUAAUGGAAGGCCCACGUAUGACGGCAGAACAAAUGAAACGCACCGACAUAAUUCACAAUUACAUAAUGAGAGGCGACACAGUUACCACCGCUCCUCAGUCGUCAUCUUCGCCGUCGUCCUGUCCCUUCAGCAAAAGUGGAUCUCUAUUACAGCCCGCUUGGGCGACUAGCGUCAUAACGACAACGUCAAGGCAACCCUUCCUCCGCACCAGUACUCCACCUCCUCAACAAGAUUACACGAGGGUAUAUUACCAUCCACAGUCGCCGCAUUCGACAUCACCUGCGCCACCUCCGAUCUCUACGACACCAAAAAUAGUAGAGCUGCAGGUGGACAUCGCGGAUUCACAACAACCGCUAAACUUAUCAAAAAAAUCACCGUCCCCGUCGCCGCGGCCAUUAAAAAUAGUGACACUUGAAGUGUGAAGUUAGUACAAAGUGUAGUCCUAGUGUGGGGUUUUUUUUUAGACUGGAAUGAAAGCGGCCCCUUCCAAACUGUAACCUGAUGGUGCCACUUUAAUCGUAUUAUAAACCAAAUAAUUUAUUACAUACUGAAAAUCUAUGUUUAUGCGUGAAAAACCUAUGUUUUAAUGUCGUAGUUUGUAGUUGCGUUAGCGUAAAUAUAUAUUGUAAGUCGCGAUUUUUUCCCAUGUUCUCUCGUCUUACUUCCGCCAUUACCAGCGGCGGCGGCGUCGUGUUCUUGUAAAUAGCGGACCAACCCUUAUAGCACUCGCCGCUUCCGCGCUUAGUUAAGGUUUUUCAACAAUCAUUAAUUUAAAUGGUUCCGUAAUUGUAAAAUAAUGAUGAAAUUGGCAUCAUGCACCAAUCCUAUUGUAGAUUUACGAUUAUAAAUUAAUAUAUAUGUGAUAAAAUUUAUUUGUAGAACAGUUUGUGUAUAAAUUUACGUUAUAUCUAUCUCAGUUUGUAAAGAGAUUCGUUAUCAUCUUCAUUGUGCAUGUUGGAUCAUCACCAUUAUUAUCAUUGUAGAUAGUGAGUUGAGGUUGGGACAAUGAGACUGAAGAGAGUAUGCUAACUUACUCGUAAUACGCAGCCAGUAUCAACUUUUGGAGGUACAAACUAAAGAAAGUGCAACAGAGCGUGCUCUCUAUUCAAAAGUUUCCUCACCUCGUCAUCUCGGACGUGAAAGUUCUGUCGUCCCUCUGACGCUCUUGAAAAUUUGUUCUCACUUAGUUAGUACCUAGAAAGUAACGCACGAUCGAUGUUCGAUAAUUAAAUCUGAGUGCAUCUAUCGAGCGCAAAACAAUCCAUAGUAAAAAUUUUGUAAAAUUUGGAGUAUGUUGAGGUUGUCAGAAUAAAUCAUGUCUUGUAAAAUUAAA